AAACCUUUAUUAAGCUUCAGUUUGGCAUAAUUAUGCCUGUACAAAAGAAAAUGAAUAAUAUACAACAGGCCAAACGUGGUGGCAGAGAUUGGAAGGUAUAAUUGCAUAGGCUUAUAUAUAUAGUUGCAAGUUGCAUAGAAUCUCUUAAAAAUAAUUCAGCAGUUUGGGGGAAGGAGGAGUUUUCCACGUAAACUUCACAUUACAUGAACAACUGUGCUCCAGAGGUGUUUAUCAUGAUGCUUUGCAUAGGCCUGAGUCUGCCUUUUUCCUUUUUUUAAUUUUUUUUUUUGGAAAAAAAAAAAAGUCAAAUCCUUUUAGUUGGAAAUCAGCUUGACCUGUGGUAGUUCCUGAAAAAAAUCUCUCUAUAUGAUCUGGCCCUACUGAUCUGUGUUUAAUGUAGUUCUUUCAGUAGCUUAUUAUCCUUUAACCUCCUGAGCAAUUUUUCAUUGGUCUUUUAACUUCACACAAUUCUUAAUGCUUCUUCUAAAAUGCUAAGAGUUACUAUUUGUUUUGUAGUCCUAAUGCUUAUUUAUCCUUCUUUUAUAAUAGUUUCGUUUCCUCAUACUUGUUAUAAACUACUAAAUCCUAUGUUUAACUCUUUAAAAGUAAUUUACCUCCACUUGUAUUAUUGAGACUAACACAUUUUUAGGAAAACUGAUGCUCUUCCCUGUUUCUUCCUAUUUACUUUUGAGCCUGUUUACCAAUGGCAGCCAAAAAUGACAAAGUGCCAUCAGCGUUGGGGAUACCAGUUUUUUGCAGUCUUUAUGAAUCAUCAAGUCAGUAGAGGGGGAAUGACCCAUAUUAACGUUUCUGCUAACUUGAAAUCAUGCAGCAGAUUUUCCAUUAUCUGCUUUGUUGGACCUGACUUAAACUGGGCAGCUAGCUGAUGUACAGCUCUGAACUGAGCAGCAGUUACGCUGCACUUUGACAAGCUGAUUUUUACAACAGUGCUGUAAGAGCUCUGGGCUGUGGCCAGAGGAAGCCUGGAGUUUGCAGUGCAGAUAGGAAGUUGUGUAGGAUGCCUGUGUGAAAUAAGUGAUUCGCACCUGAUAUUGAAGUGCCCCAGCUGAAUGACUCUUAAAAUUGAGCUCUGUAAAGCCAGAAUUUCCAUGGAGCAGCCUUCAAACUGUGUUAAUUGGUGAAAUUUUGAGAUAGAAGCUGGUGUAUAUGCUGGUCUAUGUGUAAUGCCAGGGCUUGACAGCAGAGUAAGCUUGUUGGGGUUUAAUGUCUGUUGGCAUAUUCUCUAAAUAGAUUUUUCUUUUUAAGAGGGAAAAAUCCAGAAGGAGAAUGUAUUGGCAAUCUUCACUUGCAACUUAAAGCAACUCUAUGCUGAAAAGAUAAAAUAACAGUUUUCAGUUUGGAGUUGUUUCUUUUGGGUCUUUUGGGUGGGUUUUUUUUAAGGAGGAGAGAUUGGGGGUUGUGCUGCUUUUUCCACAAUGCCUUUUCUAAAAGGUGGUUCUACAGGAUGUUUGGGGGAAAUGUGACAUUAUUGGGUUUUGGCAUUCCAGGAGAGCUUGAAGCGAAUCCAACAUAUCUUAUGCAUUCCCUCCUGCAUGGAAUGUCAGGAGUAAUUUAUGUUGUUGACAGCUAUGUCAACGUGAAACUGAAUGAAGGACAGGAACUGAACAAAGAGCUAAUAAUAGAAGAGGCAAGAAAGUGAGAAGUGAACACUUCUUCAGUAAACUUUCUUGCUGUCACGAGUGAGAGGGUCAAAUAGUGCAGCCUGUCCUUAUCUGUUACCACAAGUGCUGCCCUGUUGGCAGCGUUCAAGUGAGAGCGAGCGGUUUGUACAAGCAUUUUGUGACUAUGGGAAACAAGCAGUUUGUCCAAGAAAUGUGCACAGUGGAUUUAUAUAGAGGCAUACAAAAGUCACUUUGAUUCGUCUCUAUUUGUUUAAUUUUUGGCCCUACUCUAAGCUUAUGCUUCCAAAAACUCUAUAUGAAGUGUGGUCUUACUUGUACCCAUUGCAGACAUUAAAUAUGUGGUUUGUCUGCCAAGCAAUGUGAGGCAUCAUUAGUUGUCGUUUGAUGCGUGUUCUGCAAUAGAAGUUGCCUCUGUUGGUUCAGUGAUUACCACAGUAUGUACCCUGUGAUAAACUAACUGGCAAUUCCAGUACAGGCUGCUGAAGAAACAUGUAUUCUAUUCUGAGACAUGCUUAGUCAUCCCUGUUUUGGCCUCUAUUGGGUUACGGGCAUUACUCCAUAUUCUUUCCUAGUAAAGCUGGUGAGCAAGUUAAUCAGAAGGCCAGUUGGUGAGAAACAGUUUGUGAUACUGGAGGAUGUGAAUUCUGGAGUGUGGUGUUAUUGCCCAAGUGUGUUGUGUACUGCUGGCAGAAAUCAGAGAGUAUGUUCCAUGUUUUUCUGUGUAAGGAAAAUGCUUUCUGUGGGGACUUCUGCUUCUGAUGCCCAGGACUCUUUUGAAGACUUACUUUGUUGCUUGACUUGAAGGUGAUGUUGUUAAUGAAUUCUGAGCAUCCUUCAGGAGGCUGGUGACCCCUCUAGCAUUGGUGAAUGCUGUCAUGGACAACUUCAAGGGCUCCUUUCCAAAACACCACAAGCAGUUAAUGCACCUUAUAAAGGACUCAUGACCUUUCACAUCUUCCUAAGUCAUAUCUAGAUGUCACCAGUGUUUCCCAUGUUAACAGUUCUGAGCAUGUUUUACUAUAUGUGCCUUCGGCGCCGAGCUAGGACAGCAACAAGAGGAGAAAUGAACAGCCGGAGGGCUAUUGAAUCAAACACCCGAGCCUUACCUAUCAAUGUUGAAAUAGUUCAGUAUGCCAAAGAAGUGUUGGAUUUCAGCUCACACUAUGGUAGUGAAAACAGCAUGUCGUAUACCAUGUGGAAUUUAGCAGGUAUUCCAAAUGUGUACCCUAGUUCCGGUGACUUUACUCAGACUGCUGUCUUUCGAACUUAUGGGACCUGGUGGGAUCGUUGCCCUAGCGCUCGGAUGCCGUUCAAGAGGACACCACCCACCUUCUGUAGCCAGGACUAUGUGGAACUCGCUUUUGAGGAACCAGUUUAUCCCACUGCGGUGCACAUUCUGGAAACUUAUCAUCCUGGAGCUGUAGUCAGGAUUUUGGCAUGUUCUGCAAAUCCUUACUCACAAAAUCCACCAGCUGAAGUAAGAUGGGAAAUCCUUUGGUCCGAGGCACCUACAAAGGUGAAUGGUCCUCAGGCUCGGCAGUUCACACCUUGUAUCAAACAGAUAAACUUUCCCACAAACUUAAUCCGUCUGGAAGUGAACAGCUCUCUUCUAGACUAUUACACUGAACUGGAUGCAGUAGUACUGCAUGGUGUGAAAGAGAGGCCUGUGCUUUCACUUAAGACUUCGAUGAUUGAUAUGAAUGAUAUUGAUGAAGAUGAAGAUGAAGAAAAGUAUGGCUGUGGAAUGGACACUCUUAAUAAACAGUUCAGCAUUGUUAACCUCAGGGAAUGGCCAACUAAUGGGUAUUUUGAUAAACUGCCUUAUGAGCUCAUCCAGUUGAUUUUGAGUCACCUUACAGUACCAGACCUGUGUAGACUAGCACAGACUUGUAAGCUACUAUAUCAACAUUGCUGUGACCCUCUACAGUACAUUCAUCUCAGUUUACAACCUUACUGGGCAAGAAUUAAUGACACAUCUCUGGAAUACCUACAGUCUCGCUGCACUCUCAUCCAGUGGCUGAAUUUAUCUUGGACUGGAAACAGGGGAGCCAUCUCUGUUUCUGGAUUUAGCAGGUUCUUGAAAGUUUGUGGCUCUGAACUGGUACGUCUUGAGUUGUCUUGUGGCCAUUUCCUCAAUGAAACAUGCUUGGAGGUCAUUACUGAGAUGUGUCCAAAUCUUCAGGAGUUAAAUCUCUCAUCGUGUGAUAAAAUACCACCUCAGGCUUUCAACCACAUAGCCAAAGUGGCCAGCCUCAAGCGUCUCAUUCUCUACCGAACAAAAGUGGAGCAAACAGCCCUGCUCAGUAUUCUGAACUUCUGCUCCGAGCUGCAGCACCUCAGCCUGGGCAGCUGUGUCAUGAUUGAAGACUAUGAUCUUAUAGCAAGCAUGAUGGGAGCAAAGUCCAAAAAGCUUCGCAGUCUGGAUUUAUGGAGAUGUAAAAACAUAACUGAAAGUGGAAUAGCAGAAUUGGCUUCAGGUUGCCAGCUUUUGGAAGAACUUGAUCUUGGCUGGUGCCCUACAUUACAGAGCAGUACAGGCUGUUUCACAAACCUUGCACGUAAACUCCCGAACUUGCAAAAGCUCUUUCUUACGGCCAACAGGUCUGUGUGUGACACAGACAUUGAGGAGCUUGCUGCUAACUGUACGCAUUUACAGCAGCUGGAUAUAUUGGGGACGAGGAUGGUAAGCCCUGCAUCUUUAAGAAAAUUGCUGGAGUCUUGUAAAGAUCUCUCUUUACUCGAUGUGUCCUUCUGUUCACAGAUUGAUAGUAGAGUUGUCCUGGAACUGAAUGCCAACUUCCCUAAUGUGUUCAUAAAAAAGAGUUUCACCCAGUGACUCACUACAUAUGCUGCUGUGGAGUUUGUUUGACAGAGUUGUUUCCUGUAAAUUUGUGCUGACUUUUAAAGAAGACUAUAAAUCCACUGUGAAAUAGUGGAAAAUAUUCAUUAUCUACACAAAUGGGUAAAAUACAUUUAAAUGUAUGAUGGAGUUCUUAAAGAGUUGAUAUUGUACCUAAGAAUUGUUUUACUCUGUGUUAAUUGGUGGCACUGUAUGUUAUAGCAGCCAUAUAUGUGGCUUUAAUGAGAAGAAAAUUAAUAACAUCUUCUUAAAUGUCCCUUUAUAUAAGGUGUUACACACAAUAAACUAUGUUAAUAUCCAGGUGAAAGCAGAAGUUCAAUAUUUACCAGUAAGGAAAAGAUGGGUGCUUCCUUUUUACAUGUAUGUUUGUGUGUGUAUACGUAAAUGUAUACAGUUCUAUUUGUAUAUACGUACACAGAUACUGUAGCAUACUAGUUUGGCCUGCAGCAUAAGAUGUUAUGAUCUGACCUAUAAUUAGUUGUUUAAAAACCUCUUCAACUUGUAUAAGAAUGGAUUGAAGACACAAUUGAUUUCCAAAAAAAUGAAGAAGACAAAAGUACCUGAUGCAUUUUUCUCCCUUCCUCCACCUGGGAUAGAUGUAGUGAUGUCUUAAAGUCCAGCCUAAGUGACACAACAGAUAAAUGCAAGAACCUUCCACCUGAACUUAGAGCAGAAAUGAAAGGGAAAAUUGCCAGCUGCUUCUUGGUAUUGGAUAUAAAGUUUGAGCCAGGUACUUAGUGUUGUAACUGGUAAUGUGUAGAAAACCCCAGAGCAAUUUUCUUUUCAAAUUUCUGUCACGGUCAAGACUUGAUUUGUGAUACAUCUGCUUUUCAUGCAGAGUACCGUAAAAAAUAGAAUGUAGGAUAAUAAAUUACCGACUGUCCCUUACACUGACAUCAAAUCUACUGUCAAGUGUUAAAACAAACAUCUUUGUUCGGUAAAACAGCAAUGAAAAUAUAGUGGGUUUGUAACAAGGACAAUAUGAUUUGGUGAUUUAAUAAUCACCAAACUUAGUAUUGGAUUUUUUCUGGUUUUGUGGGGUCUUUUUUGCUUUUCCAAAAGGCGAUCGCUCAAAGUACUAUUGCACUGUCUCUCUUUAACACUGUUUAGCCUCUAGAGAAGGAAAACUGUGUUGAUGGACAAAUUCUGGAGGUUUCUUCCUUUUGCACUUUCUUGGAUGAAGUUUUUCUUUUUUUUUUUUUCCUUGUUGAGUGCCACUGAUAGAGUAUGUUGCUAUGUACAGUUUGAGUUUAGAAUUUUACCUUUUUAGCCAUUGUUGAUGAGUACGGACCACGAAAUACAUGCUGCCAUUUGAUAUUUGUUCCACUGUUCUUGUAUUGAUGGCACUUACUAGCUACUGGAAUAAGAAGGAAAAUAUUUUUCUGGCAGAAAUAAAAGAUUACACUGAAGAUCACUGGCAAAGAAUACUUCAGUUUACACAGUAAAUAACCGACUGCUACUAGAGGACUGCUACAAAUCAUUAAAGAUUUGACAAUGUCUGUGACUCCUGUAUGAAUGCUUUGAACUCUGUGCUGGUGCCAAUACUUUGUAAACCAUGUCAUGAAUCAGCUACAAAACAUUUAUCAAUUUUAUAGGAAGACAUUUUUCUUCAAUUUUUUUAAAUUUUACAGAAUCUUUUGGGAAUUCCAAACCCAAAGAAGGGCAUGCACAGUUGGCUUUUUGAAUUUUCCUCCACACAGAUGGCACUAUGGGAUUUCCAACAGGAUUAUGCCAUUCCAUUCCUUUUUAUAUAUUUUUUUUUAAAUCAGAGAACUGGACAUUGUUGGAGAUUUUUAUAGAUUGAUUUACCUUUGUUUUCCCCCACCACAUUGAUGUCAGCUUUGGUGUAAUUCUGUGAGACCUCAUUUCUUUCAAUCAGGUUUGGGUUGAUUUUCUGGGAAUUUAACUUGUAACUUUUUUUAUUUAUUUACAAGUAAUAUUUUUCAUUGUAAUUGCAUAUAAAUGUUCUAGUUAUUAGGAGAACACAGGUUUAGGUAAUGGGAGUUUACAAAGAACAGUAUUUCAAAACUAAUGUUUUUGUUGUGAAAUUUCACUUCUCAGGGUGCAUCUGUGUUUAUCUCCUUUUUUUCUUAGAGAUGUAUCUUUGGUUUUCACUGUAAAUAGAAUGGGAUGUGGAUGAAGUGAUAGCCAUUGUGCCUUCAAACUGGUAAACUUGGUAAAUAAUGCAGUUUUACUUCUACAGCAUCAGUGAAUCAAAUAAGUGCUUUUGUAAUCAUGUAUGUGUAAAGGAUUUAAUUCUCGGUUGCUUUUUAGGUAGUAUAAAGGAGGUUUAAGUUGACUUUUUUUUCCAUACUAAAGGGGUUUUUUUUUCUUAUGUUGUGCCUUCUGUUUGGUUUUGUCAGGAGUUCUCUGUUGUCACUUGAAAGAUAAAUUGAAGUCUACUUUUUGUUUGGACUAUUUAAAAAUUAGCUAUUGCUAACACAUAAUUCAAAUACCUGAGAAAUAAUUGUGAAAGACUUCCAUUUAUAGUUGCAGGCUUUAACCUUCAGUCAGAGGGUAAGAAGCUGUUUUAGGUGUGGCUUUGUACACCCAAGAAGCCUUCCAGCAAUGAGAAGACAGACCAGACCUGACAUUUCUAAUAUCCAGGAUAAAGAGAACAUGCUUUUAGACCUUCCUUAUACAUCACAAAGAAGCAACAGUAGAUUGCUGUCUUUUUAGUUCUGUUAUUUUAUACUUGUGUGUAUAUCUAUUUAUACAUAUGUAUGUAUAAAUUAUAUACACACACAUGUAUAUACAUGAAAAAUUUUUGUAUGUGUGUAGGUACUUUUAUGUAUAAAUCUCAAAGGUUUUCAUGUAGGAAUUACUUUGUGACGUGAAUGUAAGAGCAAAAGAUGUUUCAUAGCAGUUCUGUUUUCAGCUCUUGUUUUACUGUACCUGGAGACUGAGUUCCUCUCCACCCAUGCAGCAGGAAAAGCCUGUGGGAGGUGUGCUUGAGUUCCUCUGUUGCUUUGCCGAAGUGCCUUUUGGUUUGUCUAAAUGUGAAAGGUAUUACAGGGUAUGGUAGAGUGUGAAUGCAAAGUCCAAUAACUGCUGUGGACUGUCUCCUUGUGAAGCAGUCAUAUAGAGGGAAACUUCUAGUUUCAUUGAAUCCAAAAUGAAUGAUGGCAAUUCCUCGGUUGGAGGAAUUUAAAUCAUCCUGGAAUUGGGUCAUCUGCAACACUAGACCAUCCCUCAGUCAUGUUAUAUAAAUUCUGCUUUUAAGGAUAUUCCCUUUUUUUUAAUCUUGUCUGUCUUUCUGAAGCAUUGUAAAAGAUGCACUUUGGCAAUAGAUGUUAAAAAAAAACAUUGCUAAUGUGUCCAGAAAAAAAGAAGCUUUCUCUGAAGUGCUCCUGUUCUUAAACUGAAUGGGAGCUUCAAUACUAUCUGUAUGAAAUCGGUGUGGGAUGGCAUGUAGCUAGAUAUGUCAUUCUUUUGGUCAUUUAAAAAAUUAAUAUGAUUAUUUUGCCAUUGAAAGCAUCUUCCCAACCCUUGAAGGCUUCAUUCAAUAGUGUACUUGUAUUCAUAAUUCUGAGCUGUCUGGCUAGGUAGCUCUACAGAAAUGGAUGAGGUUUCUGUUGUUUUAAUUAUGCACAUGAUUAACUACAUGACUGAGCAGGAAGAACAGUUUUGCAUAGAAGUUUGGACCUUAUAAUUCCCAUGUACUUGGAGUUCCAAGUUUCAGGGGAAGAAAAAAAAAGAAAAAAUAGCCCUGUAUUUACUGCCUGAUUCUUUCCUUGGAGCUCUCAUGCCAGCUUUUCCGGAUACAAGAUUUCUCAUAAUUGUGGUACACAGUGAGCAGAAUGUCAGCUAUCCGAAAGUUAGAAAUCUAGUUUGAGGAAUCUAGAGAGCUAAUAAUCUCCUCCUGAGGUAGAUACUUAAGGAAAGUAGAAUGUAUCAUAUUCUGGAGAGCAUCUCUGAAGGCUGUGGAAGCCAUGAUUUAGCUCAGGUUAGAUACUUGGCUUUAGAAUACUAGACUGAGAUUAAUUCCAUCCAGCACUGUACUACCUGUCUUGGAAUAUCAAAAAACAAGACCAGAACAACAUCCAUUCCCAAAGCUCAAAAUCUUCCAAAAUCCUUACGGAGAGAAGCAAAUUAGAAGAGAUACUGACAACUUGAAAAGUCAGUGUUUUAAAUGCCAGGAUCUACUUCUGCCCCUGAGUCUGUUGCCAGUACCUGUAGAAUAUCUUUUUUUUUUUUUUUUUUUUUUAAUGUGGAAAUGCAUCCCCUUUCCCUGUUCUGACAUCUCAUGUACCUAACUGGCUAUAUGUAUAGUUCUGUAAAUACAUGAAAUUAAUAAGCAAACAUAAUUAAUAUUUCACAGCUAUUUUGAUAAUCUUUCAUAUUGCUAUGAUUAAGACUAUGACUAGUUUAACUGCUCUCCUGUCAUCAGAAAUGUUACCCACUGUGCAUUUGCAAAAAGCGUAUGUUUAGUCCUGGUUAUUGUGUGUACUUAUUGCAUCUUACGGGAUAUGUUUCCCAUGUUACAUUUGCAGGACUACUAAAUUUACAAGAACUAGAUAAAAUGUAGCAUUUUAUUAUAUGGAGUGUGGGGGUGACUUUAUACAUUGAUUUAGAUGUUCUUUAUUACUCUUUUGCAAUGAUUCCGUAAGUUGUGGCUUUUGAAAUGACUAGGCUAGAAAUUCCUGGUUUAACGUGUCUGUACAUGCUGUGUUAGACACAGUCAGCAUUUUUCCCAAAUGAAGUUAUUUGCCCUUCACUGAGGGGAUUUCUAUGAUUUUUAGGUUUCUGACUUGGUAAUGAAAUCCAAGAAGGGCUCUUUAUUAAAUAUUACCAGGCAUGGGACAGUUGGUGAUAACUGACAUUAGGAAGGGCUGAGGCGUGAGUUUGUGUGUGUUACAAAUCUUCAUGAUCUUCAGAGAAGGGCCUUGGCAAGAGGUGGCUCUUUUUAAGAAGUUUCAGCCUCAGUAACAGCAGGCAGUGGUGAGCUUUUCCUUUUUAGCUAAUCGACUAAGCGGUGUUACGCUGAGUUAUGUAGCUGUAGUUUCUUGCUGUCUUGUUCUUGUUUAAGAAUGAUAAAUGGGGGAGACAUCCUAAAUUGGAGGGGAUCCUUUGUGAGGAACGACGUUUUUCUCUUGCAUGUUUUGUUCCCCUUUUCUAAAAACAAACAAAUAAAAAAGCAUCAGCUCUUGGAAAGCGCUCUCUUUUCCCUUGGAUACUGAAGAAAUGCAAAUGUCAAGAAAGUUGAGAAAGGAACAAAGGGGACUUAAGCAGAUUUAUGUGGAAACUCAUGAAAGGGUGGCCAGAGCUAUUUAUAGACAUGAGGAAAAUAACUGCAUUGUUCUAAUCAGCUGUUACCUUCCCAGAAAUUCAGUUUCCCGUAUAAUUUUGCAUGCUCAUACUUAAGUCAAGAUUUAGCAUUUAGAUGCACUUCAUAGUGACCUUUUGUGUAUGUGCUCAUACAGUAAUUCUUGAUGUCUGUUUCAUUUUUAUGAACUACACGAAAAUAUUUUUUUCACCUACCACUGCCCAGCUGCAUUUUUUGUUAAACUCUGAAAUGAUUUUGUGUGUGCACACACAGACACAUAUAAGACUUAAUUGCGUUUGUAAUUGGUCCUUUUUGGAAGACAAAACCCUGCAGUUUUGGGGUAAAAAUGGUAAAGAGGAGGCUCAGGGGAAAUGUUGUCAAUGUAUAGGAAUACCUGAUGGAGGCAGGGAAUGAAGAAGAGGGAGCCAGAUCCUUCUCAGUGGUGCCCAUGGACAGGACAAGAGGGAAUGGGCAGAAACUGAAACAGGAGACUCUGUCUGAACACAAGAUGACAUGUUUUAUAGUAAGGGUGGCCAGGCUCUAGCACAAGUCUUCCAACAGAGCCUGUGGAAUCUCCAUCCUUGGAGAUACUCAAAAGCUGUCUGGACAUGGUCCUGGGUUGGUAGCCCUGCUUGAGCAGUGACCUCCAGAGGUCCCUUCCAACCUCAACCAUUAUUGUGUGUUCUAUGUUCUGUGACCUGAGUCUUGCUCUUUGGUUGUUCCGUUUGCUUCAGUGUACUGAUCGCUGAAGGUGGUAGGGAGAGGGAAAAGAAAUAAUACCUGUUCUAAGAAACUUGUGAUGUUGAGAACAGUCACAAGCUCAUUGUUAAUUUUCUUUUUUUAUUAUUUUAAGAGAAGUAACAUUUUCCUUGGUUUAGGUUAGUAAGAAAAUUUAAAUGUACCUUACUAAAAUAAAAUGGUGGUGGUGUUCUUGACAUGCAUGUGCCAAACACAUUAGUAAUUUACGGAAGUAUUACUAUCCCUCCUAAGUCUGAAAGACCAAGGACUAAGAUAAAUAUCCCUAUUGUUGGGUACUGACAGCAGUUUCUGCUUAGAAACUGUGUUGUCUAUAAAACAUCAGGAACAGAUUAGUUUGCAUAUUUUUAGUAUUUAGUUACAUAGAUCUUACCAUAAAUUGGGAUUACCAUGGCUUACAUGCUAGUUGUUUCUGCUUACUCUAUUGGAAACUGAGUAUAGCAGUUAACUGUUCCUAGUAUCAAAACAUGAAAACUUGAAUUCAGGUGAAAAAGAGAACAAAGCUUAUGAAACACUGAACUGUCUGAGCUUGUAAGGGAGCUACUGUUAUAAUUGUGGUGAAUUCCCAUCUUUUUUGUAUUUAUUUACUAUUAUACCAUUGUCAGGAGCUGUUGGGUAGUACCGUCAUCUGCUCACCGUCAGGGGAUGGGCUCUCUCAGACCUCAGUCUCUUUAGUGCCACAGAUUUCUGCAUGUAUACACUGUUCUGAAACUAACAGAGGCAAAUUAAAAACAGCUGUUCUGGUUGUAAUUUGGAAACUAAUGGGUAGUCUGUGCUUGGAGUUACAUUGGAGUAGUUACUGAAAGUGAAUUAAAAUAACCAGGAAUUGGUGCAUUUGCAGGGGGACUUGACGCUUUCUGAUUUAACUUUUGCAUACAGACAAGUUGUAACUACCAGCUGUCCCUUGAGCCAUCUUAGUCAAAUCAAUGUGAUGGUCUCAUUCUGGAUCUUCCUGGUGAGCAUAAAGCCACUGCAGCUCUUCAGCGCCUUGUGGCACUCUGCAUUCAUCUCCUUACCAGGCAGAGCGUGUAACUGGGGUGUGUGGAAGCUGGCCUGAUCUCUGCAAGUGAGGUGCGUGAACUGCCUGGGGAAAUUUCCUGCUCACAUUUAUUCCUCUGUGUGGGUGAGAAGGAAUGGCAUCUCCAGGCCCUCAAAUUUAAAUACCUGAAGCCAACAUCUGGAUUUAUUUAAAAAUAAUAGGUCUUUCCCUGCCCUGCCCCCCCUUAAAUAACCAGCAACAGAAUACUUGCAUGGUAUUUAUAAUUUAAUACUAUGCUCUGUUUUCUGCUGGAAUGGUAGGAGUUUGAGUAAUGUUACAACAAACUUCUACAGGGUUACCUUUUAGAGGGACUAAUUUCUGUAAAAGGUGGCAGAGCAGCAAUAGAGGGAACAGUUCUGGACACUGUCUGUAAAUGGCUCUGCUAUGUAUGCUAUGCCAGUAAGCACUAGAAGCAAAUUAUGCCUUUUUUUAAUAACAAGUCAAGAAGGACGAAAGGGAUAAUUGCCUCUAAGCACAUUUUCUAUAGCUGGAGGAUAGUUGUAUCAUCUAAUUUUAACUAUCUUGGGUAGGUACUAAAGUUAGGAAACUAGUCUCCCAGGGUCCCUUCACUCUGGGUACAUAGGUUCUUCCAUAGGGUAAUUCAGAUCAGAAGAUCAGUCUUAAAUUGAGGUCUUGAAUUGAUCUCUGGAGAAGCUGAGGGCUAUGUAGACCACAUAAAACUUCUACUGGAAACUAGCUUCUCGAACUGCGCGUGCUGCCCUGGCACGUGUGGAUUCAGAGCAAGACGUCACUUACCCCUUGGUGCUCCCUGUUAGGCCCUAGGUUCUCUUGUUUCCACCAAAGACCACCACUUUCUUUGCUCUCAAAGACCACCACUUUCUUUGCUCUGUUAAUUGGACUGUAUCUGAUUGCUCCUACAAAAUAUCUUGGCUAAAAGUAGAAAACCUUUUAUUUUCUAUUAGUUGAGUGUUUAAAGUUGGGGGUUUUUUACCCUCCCAGGUUGGGUAUUAAAGCCAGCAGAAGGAAGAGGGUAUUUAACUUCAGUCAAAGGAGUAACAAGCAGCAGGUGGGAGCACGUUGGUUGUACAAAUGUUUUAAUUCAUAUUAGCAUAAAUGAGGAUGGCUGCUCUUGACUGUGUUGCCAGGCUCCUUAACCUUUAGAUGGUUCAUCUCAGUACUGUGUUGCAGAGAUGUCCAAACAGAGGUUGGUUAUCUUCACCUAGUAAUGGUGGUUCCAGCCAUAAAGUAUAAAAUGCGGCUGCGAACGUACAGGAACAUGCAAGUUGUAACUGGCUUCAAUAAAUGUCCUAACUAAGGUCCUUUGAGAAACAGACGUUGGAAGGUUUAGGUUAGAAAGGCUCAUAAGAGCGUGUUUGAAGCAUGGCAAAGGCAGCAAUUGGCAAAACCAAAAGUGAGAGACACAGGCGGCCGUUCCUGGAUGCCUUUUCAGGACUCUUUCCUGAUGUUAAGCUGCAUGGGCCCAUAAAGCUAACAUCCACUACUUUGCACCCCUGCUGUCCUAAAUAUAGUCAGUAUUCCAGGAGCUGUGUCUGUAAGUGCAAUCUUGGAUCCCAGAUCUGUUCUCUGUGUUGUCAUUCAAUGUUGUACACAUUCAGCAUUAACCCCAUUUUUUUGUUUUGUGCUCCUCUUAGUGUACUAGCAGUGUUAGUACUAGCUAGACCUUAGCGUCUUCUGUGUAUUUGUUUUUAAUAUUCUCCUCUGAGGCUUGUUGAUUUCUUUUGUACUUACAGUACUUGAUUAUGUUUCAAAAUCAUGGGGUUUUUCCCCCAUUGGUAUUCUGCUUGACCAAUAGUAAAUGGAAGGUACAUUGUUAGCGUAUCACUUCUGUUCAGAUUUGACUACUGCAUCUUCUCUCUCUGUGUAAACCCAAAGGUCUUUGUGCCUAUGCUAUGCAGACACAGCUCAGGCAUGGAUACUUGGCGGCUCCUUGUUUGAAUACCUUUGACUCAUGCCACUUGAUAGGUUUUUGUGGUAUAAGGUAAGGGUUUCCUUGAACACACACAAAACAAGAGAUGUUAGCCCAAUAUUUAUAAACAAUUUAAUUUAUUAUGGAAAAAUCAUCUAAUGCCUUAUAUUGCUAACUCAAAAAUAGUUUCUUUUUCUCUUAAAAAGUUACAUAUUCACACACGUAUUACUUCUAUUUAGUAAAUUAAGUCUGUUUUAUUCUGACACAUUGAAUAAUUUAAGAUGUCAUAAUACUGUGUUCUGUAGUUUUAUUCUGUUACUGCCAGUAUAAAGAAGUUGAAAUUAAUGACCUCACUGAAUUGUCAGUGUCUGCUAAUUCAGAGAUGACAGAAAUGUGUUAAAAUAUAUUCCACCUAUAAUAUUUAUCUUGCUUUGAACUUAAUUUGUUUCCCUUUGACAGUGUUGCAAAAUACCAAGUGUACAUAAAAUAAUGAAUAAAUAAAACAAAAAUAAAUUAUUUAUCUACAUUCAUUGA